AUAAAUGGGACCACCAUUUGAAUUGGCCCAGGGUGAAAUGAGCAACACCAACGGCUCUCAAAAUCAUACCCGAUAUCCAAUAAUUUCAGUUAGUAUGUAGUAAUACUAAACUUCUUAUGUUUUUAAUCUUUGCGGCCCAAGCCUCAGCCAGACUCACAUGGAAUCCCACCCUUUCUUAAAUGUAAUAAAAGGAUAUAAAAUGGACGUGAAUCGCUCUUAUAGGUCACAUGUUAAAACAGCUUUUCCCGCUCCUCCGCGUUUGAAAAACAACCAAUCAGAGCUUGGUGUGUGCGUCAUGGCCCCACAUGCGCCCCUAGAGGUUAUACGGUAUAAAUAUGGAAAAGAGGAACAAGUUGAAGCGUUUUUUCUGUAGUUGCUGGCUAGGGACCUUUAUGGAAAACACACUGGAGAAGGAGAACAUGUGUGCCAGUGCUACAACUUCUGCAGAACUAGAGCGUGAAGAAGAAGAGGAAAUGGCACCUUUCCAAGGACAACGUGAUGAAUCUGACGAUAAGGAGAAUAGCGUGUGCGCUUUGCAGUUGUUAAAGCAGCUGCAGGAGAAGAUGAACAGGUAUUUUGCAACAUGUGAGUUUGCCGAUAUUACGGAGGUGACACGCGUCAAAUUCCGCCCUAAUUGCUGCCAUUAUUGCAAAACGGUAACCUCUUAUCAAAAUCGGGGGACGGAUGAUGAAUCUGAUUCUGGUCACAGUUCGGAGCAUGAGAUUUCUUCUGAGGAAGAUGAGGGUGACACCCCGGCAACACCCCCACCGACUCCAAUGCGCUCAGAGGAACAGGCCGACCCCUUGGAGGUUGAUGCAAAGAAGAUCCUCUGUGUGACGGAGCUAUUCCCCAACGUGUGGCAGGGUGCAGUGGAUCUGACAUUGUUGGCUAAGUUGGUUCAGGAAGAAUUGAACCCCGAAUGCUGUAGUCGGUGCGAACUGAUCGAAUUGUUCCGAAGCACAGCCGCUUCAGGACCCGAGGGGGCACGUGCUAUGUCAAAAAUUACGGUUAUAGCGAUGAAGGGGGUGAAUGAGCAUGUCGUUCUAAAGCCCGACCUGCAUAAGGAUGAAAAAACCCAGGACUGACUAGUGUGUUUGUGUGCUGCGGAUUCGGAGUGCCCUCUUCUGUAUGAAUAUUGCUGAAUAAAGAAAAAGUCCAAUGUUGUGAAGAAAA